AGCAGUGUGUGAGGCAGGUAAGGGCCGGCUGAGCCCGAGAUGAGGUGGGUGAGCCCGAGCAGCGCUGGGUGAGGCAGGGAAGGGCCGGCUGAGCCCGAGCAGCGCUGGGUCCCUCACCGCAGCCCCAGCUGCCGGAGCAGGCGGCGGUUGCGGCAGUGGCGGCCGGAGCUGAGGUGCUCCAGGAUGCGGUCGCGGCGCACCCGCAGCGGCAGCUGGCACGGCGUGCAGAACAGCGUCUCCACGGGGCCGGCCGGGCUCGGCCCCGCCGGCUCCCGCCGCACCGACAGCUCCGAGAACUCGGCAGCGUAGUCGUGCAGUGUCUUCCUCCUCCGCCCCAUGGCCCGGCCCCGCUGACUCGGAAGCGGAAAGCCCGCCCGCCUCACGCCGUUGCCGGGCAGCGGCCCCGCUCCGAGCCCGCCGUGCCGGAGAGGCUCCAGCCCCAGCCCCGGGCCAUGGAAGCCGAUAGCGGCUCGCAGGAACCAGCGCUCACCGAAACCGUGGGACAGCUCCGGCAAGAGUUGUGGAAAGCCAAGGACGACCACAACAUGGCCAUAGGUGCCAUCUCUUCCUUGCAAAGACAGAUGGAGAUCCAAGAAUCCGAGCUUCGGAGAAUUAGAUCUGAAAAGGAUUUGCUAGAGAAGCAGCUCAGAGACCGAGAAGUCCAGCUCCAAGCUAUGUGUAACAAGUUCUGCUCCCUGACAGAAGAACAGAGGCAGGAAGAAAUUACAAUGAUGAUGGAGGAGGAGAACAUCAACCUUCAACAGGUUGUUACAGAGCAGGAAUCCCAGCUGGCUGAGCAGAACAAGCUCAUCAGUGAGUUACAGGAGACAGUCAGCCAGCUGCGGGCUGAGGUUGUGACCACCCGCCUCCAACUCCUGACAUACAAACAGGCCCAGAAGGAGAUGCAGAGCCAGGUUGAGGCACUGCAGCACAAGGAGCUGCAAACCAGAGUGGCACUGGAGCACAUCAGCAGCAAGUUUGAAAGGUAUCGAAACAAAAUAAUCCAGGCUGUGUUCAGUGCGGAGGGCAGCCAGGACCCCGUGGCAGAGCUCACAGACAAUGAGGUGCUGGAGGCAAUGCAGAAAAUCAUUCACGAGUCCCAGCGGAAGGUGAAGAAGGGCAGCAGGGUGUCACAGCACAGCAGUGACAGCUACAAGGGAUCACCAACCACAGGAAAGAGAAAGAACUCCGUCAGGACAGAAAAGCUCUAAUGUCUGAGCCAGAACCCAUCACCAGCCUCAGGCUGUGGGUUCUCAACUUGGAGCUGGUGCCUUACAACAAAUUAAACUCAUUUUACUGACACCAAGUUCUGUGGGAGUAUCUGAUUCAAUUGUUUCAGCCAACUCAGAGCACAAGUCACUGUAAGUCCUUGGUCUGUAAUAACACUUGACUUCCCAGAGAAGCCUGAAGCACAAGCAAGCUUGGCUACAAGCAGUUGGG